AUGAGCAUGACCGACGUUCUUACCCGGGUGGACGCCAUCUGCAAGAAGUACGACAGAUACGACGCCGACAAGCACCGGAGCGACGGCGCCGCCGGAGACCCCUUCUCGCGCCUCUACGCUGCCGUCGACGCCGAGAUCGACGCCGCCAUCGAGAAAUCGGAGAGGGCGGCGAGGGAGAAGAACCGGGCGGCGGCGGUGGCCCUGAACGCCGACGUGCGGCGGACCAAGGCGCGGCUCCUGGAGGAGGUGGUCAAGCUCCAGAAGACAGCCGCCAAGAAGGUGAAAGGGCUCUCGCCGGAGGAGAGGUCGUUGCGAAGUGAUCUGGUCGCAGCACUGCCCCACAGGAUCCAGUCGAUCUCUGACGGUGGUGGCCGUGGCGCGGCGGACCAGGAUGGCGGCUGGAGCGGCGGGAACGCUAGGCCGGGGAUCAAGUUCGAUUCUUCAGCUGAAACUUUUGAUGAGGGGCACUUCCAGACCAGCGAAGAAUCGGAGCAGUUCAGAAGAGAAUACGAGAUGCGGCGAAUCAAACAGGAGGAAGGGCUGAACUUCAUCUCUGAAGGUUUGGACACACUGAAGGAUCUGGCUGAGGACAUGAAUGAGGAAUUGGAUAGGCAGGUUCCUCUGAUGGAUGAGAUUGACAGUAAGGUGGAUAAAGCUAAUUUAGAGCUCAGGAAGACUAAUGUCAGACUAAAAGAAACCGUCAACCAGUUUCGAUCGACUAGGAACUUCACAAUUGACAUCAUCUUGAUAUGCAUCAUUCUUAGCAUUGCAGCAUACCUCUACAACAUACUCUCACAGUGAAGCUUCACGACAUGGCAACGUAAGCAUCCGCUGUGCAGGAACAAUAUGUUCUAAAAUCCUUAGUUUAUGUAAAGGAGUGGAUCCCUGCAUGGCUAUGAGAUAACCUAUGUUAUCAUCUGAAAUGACCUGAUAAUGACAUUCCAGGCAGGCCAGACAAGAUAGCCUUUUUUUUAAUCCACGGCCGUAAGAA